GUUGCAAUUGCCGCCACAAAUCAAAUGGCAGUUAGAAAAAAAAGCUAAAAAUGAAAAAAAAAUGGCAGAGAAAAGGAAAUCCUGCCAUCCAUAGCGAGCUCUGUGGAUGUCUGCACUCUCGGCAGGCAGGCAGGCAGGUCGCCCUGCAGUUCGACGAAGAGAGAUGGCGCCAUCGCCGCCGCCGCCGCCGCCGCCAUCUCUCACCUCCGUCUCCCUCCGGACUCCUCCGAGUCCUCUCCUCUUCCUACGGCCAGUCUUUCGCAAGCCAUCGGCGAUCUCCGGCUCCUGCAGCAGAGCAUGCCGCGGGGUGCGCUGCUCGGCGGCGAACAAGCCUUCUCGUUCCACCGCUCCGGGCACCGAGCUCGGCCUCCAUGGCCAAGAUAAGGAGUGAGGUGCUGUCCCCCUUCCGCUCGGUGCGGAUGUUCUUCUACCUCGCGUUCAUGGCCAGCGGGGGGCUCGGGGCCCUCAUCGCGCUCACGCAGCUCAUCCCGGCGCUGUCCGGCGGGCCCGCGAGGGCGGCCGGCGCGGCGGAGACGCUCAAGGGCCUGGGCAUCGACGUGGCGGCGGUCUCCAUCUUCGCGUUCCUCUACUGGCGUGAGAGCAAGGCCAAGGACGCACAGGUGGCGAAGCUCACGCGGGAGGAGAACCUGUCCAGGCUCAAGAUCCGCGCCGGCGAAGGCAGGCCGCCCGUUCCCCUCGGCGAGCUGAGGGGCACCGCGCGGCUCGUCAUCGUCGCCGGCCCCGCCGAGUUCGUGACCGAGUCGUUCCGCCGGAGCAAGCCGUUCUUGAAGGACCUCAUGGAGCGGGGCGUGCUCGUCGUGCCCUUCCCGACGGACGGGAACACGCCGGACCUGCAGUUCGUCGAGACCGACGACGACAACGACGACGGCGGCGGCGCGCCUGGGAAGAUGAAGCGGAGGCUUUGGCAGCUCACUCCGGUUUACGCUGCUGAAUGGUCCAAAUGGCUGGAUGACCAGAAGAAGCUAGCCAAUGUGCCAUCUGAUUCCCCUGUGUAUCUCUCGCUCCGGCUGGACGGUCGCGUGCGUGGCAGCGGCGUCGGCUACCCGCCGUGGCAAGCGUUCGUCGCGCAGCUGCCGCCGGUGAAGGGGAUGUGGUCUGGCCUUCUUGAUGGGAUGGACGGGAGGGUGCUCUGAAGUAGUUUUAACCGUGAAUAUGCUAAGCUGAAUGGAGGAAGAAGACUGCCGGUUUCGAUCUACAGAUUAGAACAGCACGAGUUAAUGAUUGGUUAACUCAACUCCUGUUGUGUUGAUCAUCAACCAAAUGGUCUGCCAUGUAGUUUUCCAGCCUAUCUGACUUGAUUAACGAGCGUCCCAUAUCAAAAGAGUUUUUGGCGUGCAGUAUGCUACACUUCUCUCCAAUUUUUGUUAAAAAUGAACCGUGACAAUCUGAUCAGAUGGAUCACUGGAUUCUGGCGUAAUGAUACGGCAGUAGAAUCGCUCUACUAAUUUGUACUACC